GCCCUACACGUAUUUAGGGUUUUCAGAUCUGCGAGAAUGUAUGGAUUCGAGGCGCUCACCUUCAACAUCCAUGGCGGAUUCCUGGAGGCGAUCGUCCGCGGCUUUCGCUCCGGGAUGCUCACCACGGCCGACUACAACAAUCUCUCGCAGUGCGAGACGCUCGACGACAUCAAGAUGCAUCUCUCAGCUACGGAUUAUGGCCCCUAUCUCCAAAACGAGCCUUCGCCCUUGCACACGACCAACAUUGUGGAGCGAUGUACCCAGAAAUUGGUGGACGAUUACAAUAGCUUGCUCGUCCAGGCCACGGAGCCGCUGUCCAAGUUCCUCGAGUAUAUAACGUAUGGAUACAUAAUUGACAACGUGGUUUUGAUCGUCACAGGAGCUCUUCACGAAAGAGAUGUCCAAGAAUUGCUUGAAAAGUGUCAUCCCCUGGGAAUGUUUGACGGGAUUGCCACUGUUGCCGCAGCUCACAACAUGGCUGAGCUAUACCGUCUUGUGCUCGUGGAUACGCCCUUGGCUCCUUACUUUUCUGGAUGCAUCACCUCCGAAGACUUGGACGACAUGAACAUUGAAAUCAUGCGAAACACUCUAUACAAAGCUUAUUUGGAGGACUUCUACACUUUCUGCAAGAAACUUGGUGGUGCUACCGGAGAGCUUAUGUGCGACUUGCUUGCUUUUGAAGCUGACCGCAGGGCUGUCAACAUAACCAUCAACAGUAUCGGCACUGAGUUGACUCGGGAUGAUCGGCGCAAGCUUUACUCGUCAUUUGGACUGCUGUAUCCUUAUGGCCAUGAAGAGCUUGCUCUAUGUGAUGAUCCCGACCAGGUCCGAGCUGCCGUGGAGAAAUAUCCUCCAUAUCAACCAAUUUUUGCGAAGAUUGAAUAUGGCGAGAGCCAAAUGCUCGACAAGGCAUUUUACGAAGAAGAAGUGAAGAGAUUGAUAUUGACCUUCGAGCAACAGUUCCACUACGCAGUGUUUUUUGCAUACGUCCGACUACGGGAGCAAGAGAUCAGGAAUCUCAUGUGGAUAUCAGAGUGUGUUGCACAGAACCAAAAGAACCGAAUUCACGAUGGAAUAGUGAUGAUCUUUUGAGGUAUGCUCAAGCAAAGGAAGCGUUUAUGCAAAAGCUUUGUUUUUGCAGAUAUGUAUUUGAUCGUGUUGUAAUAAGAGGUUGCGCUUUGGUUCAGCUAA